AUGGUGCUGUCUUGGGACAAGGAAGACAGGUUUGCGCAAGGAUGCGAUGGCGACGGCGGACGCUCCCUCCAGCGGCCGGGAGCGCGUCCAGGUCGUCGUGCGCUGCCGCCCGAUGUCUCACAGAGAGCUUGUCGCCCGGCGCCGGAGCUGCGUCAAGGUUUUCACGCGGCAGCACAGGAUCGAGGCUCUUCUGCCGCCAGCACAAAGCUGGAGCUGAUAGAAAGCGCUGACGUUGGAAUUUUUGUGAAGAACCUUACGUGCCGCAGAAUGCACAGCUUAUCAGACAUCUUGCAUUUACUAAUGGUAGGAAAGAAAAACAGAUCUGUUGGAGCGACUCUGAUGAACCAAGAUUCGUCUCGUUCGCAUUCAAUCUUUACUGUGACUGUCGAGGCUAGUUACGUCGCCGAGAAUGAUCCAGGGAAACGCCUUCAUGUUCGCGUUGGAAAACUUCAUCUGGUCGACCUGGCCGGAAGUGAAAGAAUGAGCAAAGCCGGUGCCAAAGGGAAAAGAUUCCGAGAGCUGACCAACAUAAAUUGGUCUCUCAUGGCUUUGGGAAACGUAAUAUCUGCGUUGGCUGACGGAAAAAGCACGCAUAUCCCGUAUAGAGACUCAAAGCUGACGAGGCUUUUGCAAGAUUCACUGGGUGGAAACGCCAAGACAGUGAUGGUUGCAAACAUCGGCCCUUCGGAGCAUAACUACGAAGAGACCGUCAGCACACUGAGAUAUGCCAACCGCGCAAGGAGCAUCAGGAACGCACCUCGUAUCAACCAGGACCCCAAGAGCGCCUUGCUUGGCGAGGAGAUUUUGAGGCUGAAAGCACAGCUCAGUGACGACACUCGUAACGCCGGAGUCCAGCACCUGGAUCCUCGAGAAUUCAGUGAGAAAGCUCUGGCGUUGAUGCGAGUCGAGCUUGAGCCACAGCUCAAGCUCACCUCCUUAGCAACAUCAUC